ACCCUGCGACAAUACACACAAGGAAAAAAAAAGAUGGCGGCGCUGGCAGGAGACCGCUGGAGGGAUGAACUGCCUGAUCACGAAAUAUUCCGCAAACUGCAAGAAAGCCGGGGUUUGGAGCCCCAGGGGACGAGCAGGAGGAUCGUGAAAAACCUUACGUUUUGCCUCGAUGGCGAUUUGUUUGUGUGGGACAACGUGGAGAGCGUGUUUUACACGACAAACCUGCGGCAGCUCAACUGCGAGCUCACGGCCAAGUACCAGACGUUGAUGUGCAUCAACCCACCACUGUUUGAGGUCUGUCAGGUUCUACUCAGUCCCACUCAGUAUCACGUGGCUCUCAUCGGUCAGCGUGGGGCAUCUGUGCUAGAGUUACCCCAACGCUGGGGCAAGAAGUCAGAAUUCGAAGGCGGACGCCUCGAGAUCAACUGCAAGACUAUUCCCGUGGCCGAGCGCUUCUUCACCAGCUUGACCUCCGUGACCCUGCGUCAGGCUGCUUGGUACCCCAGUGAGACGGAAGAGCCCCAUCUGGUGCUGCUCACCUCAGACAAUACGAUCAGGUUCUACAGCCUUAAAGCGCCGCAGAAUCCGUCUCGAGUGCUCUCAGUGUCCCAGUCGGAGGAGGAGAGCAGCAUUCACCCAAGAGGACGUUCCUAUGCGGCCUCUCUGGGCGAAACCGCGGUGGCGUUCGACUUCGGGCCGCUAGUCAACGCCCCCCGACAUCUCAACGGCACGCGUCUGAAGGAAGACCUGCUGGUUUACCCGUUGUACAUCCUCUACGGGAAUGGAGAAACGUUUUUGAGUUACACUUCUCUCACCUACGUAAAUCUCGGGAAGCUCUUGGGUCCUCUACCCAUGUACCCUGCCGCAGAGGAUAACUAUGGCUACGACGCCUGUUCCGUGCUCUGUCUGCCUUGCGUGCCCAACAUCCUGGUGAUCGCCACUGAAGCAGGAAUCCUGUAUCAUUGUGUGGUUCUAGAGGCGGAUGAGGAGGAGGACGGGGGGGCUAUAGAGAGGUGGUCGCGAGGCUCGGGGGCAGUGCCGUCGCUCUACGUGUUCGAGUGCGUGGAGCUGGAGCUCACGCUCCGACUGGCCGCCGGAGAAGACGAGGAUCCGACGGAUUCGGAUUUUACCUGUCCGAUCCGAUUACAAGGAGAUCCUCUGUGUCAGCACAGGUACCACUGUACACACGAGGCGGGCGUUCACAGUGUAGGACUCACAUGGUUCAACAAACUCCACAAGUUCCUGCAGUCAGAUGAGGAGGAUAAAGACAGCCUCCAGGAGCUAGCAGCCGAGCAGCGCUGCAUAGUCGAGCACAUCCUCUGUACCAAACCACUCACAAGCAGUUUUCCAGCUCCGGUUCGUGGAUUCUGGAUCGUGUCUGAUCUCUCUCUGGGUGCCACGAUGAUCUGCAUCACCAGCACUUACGAGUGUCUCCUCCUUCCUUUGCUUAGUUCUAUCCGUCCUGCCUCUCCCCCUCUGCUGUGUUCGCGAAUGGGAGUGGAUGAGGGCACCGUAAGCUCCCCGCUGCGUGGACUGGCUCACGACCCGUUCGAGCAGCACAUCCGGAACAUUCUGGCACGCAGCUCCACCAAUCCGCUCAUGCUCAGGUCGGGGGAUAAAGACUUGUCUACUCCCACGCCAGAGUGUCUGCAGCUGCUGAGCAGAGCCACGCAGGUCUUUCGCGAGGAGUACAUCCUCAAGCUGGACCUGGCCCGUGAGGAAAUGCAGAAAAGAGUCAAACUACUGACCAGCCAGAAGAAAAAACAGCUGGAGGACCUCGCGAUGUGCCAGGAAGAGAGAAAGAGCCUGAGGGAGGCAGCAGAGCGCCUGGCCGACAAGUACGAAGACGCCAAAUAUCGUCAGGAAGCCAUUAUAAACAGGAUGAAGCACGUGCUGGGCAGCCUGAGGAGUCAGCUUCCUGUGCUGUCCGACAGCGAGAAGGACAUGAAGAAAGAGCUGCAGACCAUCAACGACCAGUUGCGCCACCUCGGCAACAGCAUCACCCAGGUGACCAUGAAGAAGGACUACCAGACGAAGCAGAUGGAUAAAGGCUGGUCUUCAACACGAGCCACCAUAACGCUAAACGCCCACCAGAGGAAGUGCGUGCAGGGUGUCUUAAAGGAGCAGGGUGAACACAUUGCUGACAUGAUGAAGCAAAUCAAAGACAUCAAGAACCAUUUCAGUUUCUGAAGAGCAGAAGUGAAAACACAAGGCAGACGCCGACCGCAAAUCACGUUACGUUCAGCUCUUAGCCGUGUCUGACCUCAGCUGACCUGUUUGUGUACCGUAUCUUUUAUAUAUUGUAUGUGUAACGUGGCGUUGGAGGGAAAUAAAAGUUUUUUUUUGUA